AUGGCGCACUCUUCCUGCAGCAGCAACCCUAACGACAGUGAGGACCGCAGCUCAGAAUCAAACCUGAGCCUCUCGGUGGGCUAUUUCCCCUGUGAGGAUGCCUCCUCCUACGAGAACACAAUCUCCUGUGAAGAUGCAGUAUCUGAGGGUCCAUCGGUCCCCUUUGUUCCUCAAAUUCAAGGGACGUGGUGGACUGAAGGGACUGGGAGACUUGUAGGGAAACGAGACCAAGUUCAGGCCAGCCCAGAGCAGUUCUGCAAACUAAGCAUUAGUCUGGCCUGGGAUGUUGACAUGGGAGCUCACCAUGCCGACCCCAUAGCUCACCUGGACCAAGUCAGAGACACCCAGUGGAUUGACAAGCACCCCCAUAGGAGGACACAACUGACGCUCAGCAAACUCCACAGCCUUAUGCAAAAGCUUGACAGAUUUCUAGAAAAUCUGAAAGAUGAAGAAGAUGAUGCCUCUGUGUUCCUUGAGCCUGCUCAAGAUGAAGAUUCCCAGCUGUUCAGUGGCUUCCCUCCAGAUACGGUCCAGAUCAGCUAUCAGGAACACAAUGUUUGUCAAGAUCUGUCCAGGCUGAUGAACCCACUGGAAAAGGAAGAGCCUAUACAGCCUCCCCAGAUGUCUUCAUGGCUCCAGGUACAUGAACUUCCUGAGAGGUCAAGUCAGGUUCCUGGAAACCAGAGAACAAACACGAUGGAGGCCUCCCGAGGCCACACGCAGGCUGGGUCCUGUCUGAACUUCAGGUGGGUCUUCCGCUGGCUCUGGCGGCAAGUCCUCUCCUCACUUCCAGGGAGAGGGCACCCUGACCAGGCUCCCAAGAACCCCCAUCAGCUGGCACAAAAGAAAAGACUCUUUCAUAGAGGCAAGCGAAUCCAACCUCAGGAAUCCCUUGAAUUAGGACAGCUUGUAUUGCCAGAUUUUUAA